CGCGACUCGAGCGCAGUACACACCCAUACUAGGUUAGAAUCGCACGUGUCGACUCGAUAAUUGUUUAUCGAUUUUGAAGUGACAGUGAAAUAAUCGACAUGGAACCAGUGAAUCUUAUGGAAUUAGAUGGGAAUAAGUUAAAAGAAUUUCUCGCUUCUUUCGAUCACGUGUUCUCGGAUUGCGACGGUGUCGUAUGGGCUAAAACCCCAUUACCAGGCGUGGGCAAGUUCUUCGAACUGAUGCAGCGGCUUGGGAAGACAGUGCAUUUCGUGUCAAACAAUAGUUUACGAACAAAAGAAAAUUAUGAAUCGCUAUUUCAAGCGGCUGGUAUUAAGAGCGGUUUUGAUAAUCUCACAAUCCCUUCAUCAGCGAUAUGCGAGUAUUUGAAAUCAGUUAAAUUCAACAAAACAGUUUAUUGUGUAACAUGCCCGGAGACCAUCUCAGUGCUGGAAUCACAUGGCUUUAAAUGCAAAGAAGGGCCCGAAGUCGGUACUUAUUAUUACGGGGACUAUAUAGAAUACUUAACCGAUGAUGAAGAGAUAGGUGCGGUUGUCUUCGAUAGCGACUUUAAGGUGAACCUGCCAAAGAUGUACAAGGCUCUUACUUACCUCAAGAGGCCAGAAGUACUCUUUGUUAAUGGAGCGACUGACAGAUACGUACCCUUGAAGCCGGGGUCCUUAGCUCUAGGUACUGGAGUAUUUAGCGAUAUAGUAAGCGUAGAGUCGAAACGGCAACCCAUAUUGCUCGGUAAGCCAGGCAAGGCGUUUGGCGAAUUUGCUAUGAAACGAGCGGGCGUUACUGAUCCGAGCCGAGUGCUAUUCAUUGGUGAUAUGAUAGAACAAGAUGUAGGUUUGGGCAGAGCUUCAGGUUUUAAGACUCUCCUGGUAUUAACCAAUAAAACAAAAGAGGAAAUGAUGUCACACGAAUCACUUAAACCAGAUUAUUAUGCUGAUUCCUUGGGAAGCUUAGUUCCUAUAUUAUCUUAAGUAAUCUAAUCUUAUCUCCUAUUAAAGCUAAAGAAAUAUUUCUUGUAAUUAAUGACGUAUGUUUGCCUAAUAAGUGUACUAUUUUCAUUUUUGCACAUAGUAAAACAAUAUCCACGAAGUAUUUAAUAAUUGUACUUUACAUUAGCAGCCUGUAAAUUUCCCACUGCUGGGCUAAGGCCUCCU